AUGUCGACGACAGAAGACUUCCUCAGGAGGCUAAGAAUUACAGCAGAUGAAGACGAUGACGAUGUUCUGGUCAUCGGCAUCGACUUCGGCACGACCUUCUCGGGAGUCGCCUGGGCCACUUUUGCGGAUUUCGAGAGUGACCAGAUCAACCUGAUCACCACCUGGCCUGGUACAGGCAGAGAAGAGGGUAAGGUUCCGACUGAGUUGUUUUACGAAGACGGUGAGAUGACGUGGGGCUACGACAUUCCUGUCGAUGGCGAUCCGAUCCGCUGGUUCAAGCUCCUCUUGCUGAAAGACGAAGACCUCGCAGGAGAGUUACGAUCUUCGGAGUUUAUCCUGAGGGGUCGCAAGAUGCUGAAAGAGAACAACAAAACGGCGACUGAGCUGAUCGCCGACUAUCUGCGAGCGCUAUGCAUGUACAGUCUCGAGCAGAUCAAGAAGUCCCGCGGAGAAUCGGUAGUGGAUGCGAUGAGGUUCCACGUCGUCAUUACGAUCCCUGCGAUCUGGAAAGGCUAUGCCAGACAGGGUAUGGAAGAUGCCGCGAAGAAGUCCGGAAUACUUGGCCGACGGCCUGCUGGAGACACAACAUUGAGUUUUGCGCCCGAGCCUGAGGCUGCCGCCCUAUCGACGCUGGCUGAGCCCGGACGCAAGGCAAAGCAAGGCGACGUAUACAUGAUAUGUGAUGCUGGAGGGGGCACCGUAGACCUUAUAAGUUAUGAGGUCAAUCAACUCGACCCAGUCAAGAUGGGCGAGGCGGUCGAAGGCACAGGCGGUCUCCACGGAGGCAUCUUUAUCGACGAAGCUUUUGAAGCCAUGUGCAAAGCCCGACUCGGACGAAGAUGGGAUCGAAUGAGUAGAGCGGGGAUCAAGGAGGUCAUGAAGGGCGAAUGGGAACAUGCCAUUAAGCCCCAGUUUAGACUCGGCAAUAACGGGAAGGAAUACAUCGUUGGAAUACCGGCUGAAGCUUUUGGAACAGCUAACUUGGACGACGAUAGCCGGGAACCAUUCAUCAAGAAAGGACGCAUUCAUUUCAAGAGGUUGGCGUUCACAUCCUCGUUUGCAGGUAUCGAUCGUCUUGUGGACGAGCAAAUUCGCAAAGCGGCACAGAAGGGUUUGAGUAUGACGUCUGGUGGUAUGAAACCUCGUACCGCCAUCUGCCGUGGCGCAGUGUUCAAAGGCUUCCUCGACGGAGUAUGUAAAGGUGAUCUCACCACCCCAAGCGGCGGUAUACUUGACACGCCCAUCAUGAUCUCAUCCACGGUUUCGAGAGCCAGCUUUGGAAAUGCUUUCAGGGUCACAUUUGAUGCGACCGAGCAUCUCGAAGAGGACAAGGUGUGGUGUUCCAAAGAGCACGAAUGGCAGGCCGACAAUCAAAUGAGCUGGUAUCUCAAAAGGGGUGAGAAUGUGUCCAAGAAAGAUCCUGUUCGCCACAGCUUCUACAAGCUCUACACAGGAGACCCUGGGCGCAAUUUCACCGUCGAGUUUCUUCAGUGUCACGAAAGUCUCGCCCCCCAGCGUUACACAUCGAGCGUCGUUCCGUUAUGCGCGUUGAAUUGCACGAUAGACAAGCCAUACUCGGAAUAUGAAGACUUCGUCAAUUCAAAAGGCGAGGUCAUGAAAAAGUUCGACUACACGAUCGAAAUGGUACCUUCGGGGGCAGCCGUUGAGUUUGCGGUGUACCACGGUCGAAAGAAGUUGGGCACGCAAAACACAAAGGUGAUGUUCCAGUGA